GUGAACAUCAACGAGUUUAUCGAACACAAAAGAGAAGGAAACCAAAAAAACAAUUUCAUAAAACAGUUUUUCGAUAACUCAACAUCCUUUCUUCAAAAUAAUAACAAAAAAAAAAGAUGUUAAAAUUGUGCAGUUAUCUUUUGUUCAUUCUUUUUUUAAAUAAUUUAACGUAUUCGGUACAAGCGAUGGAAAUGUCUAAAUUUACACCAAGGAUUGUUGUGGUUUAUGAUAAUUUAACCUCAGCUUAUGAUGCUCUCCGUAAUAAAAUAAUGGAAUCUGAACGCUCUUCUGCACUUGGUGGUAACCUAUGGUUGUCCUCCGCAGAAGAGAGAGCAAAUAGUAUACUUAUGAAUGCCAAGAGAGAGGAGAUCGCCGAAGGCUUAAAAAAUCCGACAAAAUAUCCACCAGCAAUGCAUUUCUUUCAAGGUAAACAGUAUUUACGGCAAAGUGAAGUAUUUCGUAUAAUCCAGAAGAUGCCAAAGGGAGCUUUUCUUCAUGGUCACAAUACCGGUAUGGUUAGCUCGAAAUGGGUUAUCGGCAAUUUAACGACGUUAUAUAAUUUAUAUACAUGUCGUGAUGUAAAUGGUUUACUAAUAUUUACCUACAAUCAGAGUCGCUGCCACAGUGAAGUGCAAAACAUCUGCUUGGAACGUGUUGAAGCUGACGAUAAACGUUUGUAUGACAGACAAUUGGAAAAACAUAUUAAUAUGUAUACAAUGCAUCCGGAAUCUUUGAUCACUGAUACACGAAAAAUUUGGAAACGUUUUGAGAAUAUCUUCGAGAGUGUUGAUCAAUUCUAUAAAUAUAUGCCGGCUUAUUGCAACUAUCACAAGCGUCUGCUAGAAGAAUUAUGUGAGGAUAAUAUAAUUUAUGCCGAAAUUAGAGCUUCACUCUCGCCGUGCUAUGGUGAUGAUAAUAAAACCUAUAAUUCGUUAGAAGUGGCCAAUGAAUUGGAGAAAAUAGUGGAAAGUUUUAAAGUCAAGCAUCCAGAUUUUUUGGGCUUAAAAGUGAUUUACGCUAAACGCAAUAAGGCCAGCGUUGAUGAAAUGGCUCAACGUAUCACAACAUUCAAACAACUUCAUCAUGCUAAGCCGAAUUUCAUAAUCGGUUUCGAUCUGAUUGGCCAAGAAGAUAUGGGUGAUCCCUUACAUAAGUUUGCCAACGAACUUACCGAUCUACCAUCGACAGCUAAUUUUUUCUUUCAUGCUGGAGAAACUAAUUGGUAUGGGAAAACGGAUUGGAAUAUUAUGGAUGCUCUGCUGUUGAAUACAAAACGUAUUGGUCACGGUUUUGCUUUACCUAAGCAUCCGCAGCUAUGGUCAACAAUUCGAAAGCGAAAUAUUGCCAUUGAAGUGAAUCCAAUAUCGAAUCAAGUUUUAGGUUUCAUAUGGGAUUUACGUAAUCAUCCUGCCUCAUUUUUAAUAGCCGAAAACUUUCCAAUUAUCAUAUCGGCCGAUGAUCCGGGAGCCUGGAAUGCCAAAGGCCUAAGUUACGAUUUCUAUUACGCAUUUAUGGCUUUUGCACCGGCCGAAGCUGAUUUAAGAUUUUUAAAACAAUUAGCUUUAAAUUCAUUAAAGUACUCGAUACUCACGUCCGAGGAAAGACGUAAAAGCAAUCGCACAUUCCAAAAGAAAUGGGAAGAAUUUAUUUAUAAUAUUAUUAAUAUGAAAUUUUAA